GCACGUCGCUCGGCGAGUCGGCGGCGCAAGGCGAUCGGGAACAGGUGGGCGAGGGAAAAGAAUCGAGACGAAACGGCGGCGGCGGCGGCAAUGGCGGCUGGCAAGACGACGAGAGGGCCACGAGGAGCACGCGAAUCGCCUGGACAGGAGCCGCACACGACGGUGUCGUCGACGGGUGCCCGCAGGACAGUGUGCCGAACGAAAACGGCGUCGGUUGCAAAUGUGCGGACUGUCCACCCCACAAGUGCCGACCGGAUCAGCAGGCGGUAUUGGUGAGGGGGUCGUUUUCCGGGACCCCCGGUAACUGCUGCCCCCGUUACAAUUGCAUUCCCUCAGAUCAUCAUCACCGGACCGAGUCAUUCUGUCCCGAGGAUAGUGUCUUGACGGACGAUGGCAUUUGCAAGUGCGUCCCGACAUGUCCGCCGCCCAAGUGCCGAUCUGGUCAACGGCCGGUCGAGGUGCGGGCGGCCAAGCCCGAGACACCCGGUAGCUGUUGCCCCCUUCACGAUUGCAGACCCUCAGAGAAAUUCCGGCGGUUUCCUCUCGGCAACGCCUUCCCGGUUUCUAUCUCGCGAACUGACGACUCUCGUCUUCUCCAGGAGGUCGACCUCGUGCCAGACGUGCUACCGGAAGAUUACAAAGUUUGUCCGGAACUGCCGCACUGCGGACUUAACUGCAACCGCGUCAAGGACGAGGAUGGUUGCCCGGUGUGCGCCUGUCAGACGUCGCCGCAUUAUCCGCUGCCGAACGUCACCGCCCUGGAUACGAAUGACAAAAAGGUUUGCCCCGAAGUUAAUUGCGACCUUCACUGCGAGCUCGUCAUGGAUGAGAAUGACUGCACUUUCUGCGAGUGCAAGCCCGAUUGUCCACCACUCCUCGGAUGUAGAAAGAAGUGCAGCUUCGGUUAUAAGACAAAUAAACACGGCUGUCCCAUAUGCCGUUGUCGAGCUACAUGCAAGGAUCAUUUGAACAAGACACAUCCGGAGGGAUCGACUUGGCAUCCGAACAGCUGUUCCACGUGCACAUGCGAGUCUGGUGGACAGCGUAGUUGUACUAAAACCAUGUGUUUGGUGGCCUGCAAUAAUCCAUCGCCACCGAAACCAGGCACUUGUUGCCCCGUAUGUCCGAUUACAACAAAAGAGAACGACAUGAUUAAUCAGAUCACCAGCCGAGGUUGGGGCACAGUACCGAUUACGUUAAUUGUCGUACUCGCGUUGCUGUGUCUGCUUCUGAUAAUCCAUAUCGUGCGCAACCGAUUCCGCGGCCGUCUGUCACCUUCGGAAGCGUCGUAUGCGUCAUACCCGCCACAAUAUUACAAGUGUGUGCCCGUGUAUGACACCCCGGUGCAUCGGAAUGAAAAGAUUGUACCUUUAUAAAAGACUGUUGUUGAUUCCCAAAGAGAGCGCGUGUUUAUCAAUGAGCAAUGUGCAAAAACAAUUUUUCCCAUUCGCCAAGACUAUUUUAUACAUGAUUGCCGACGAGAUUUUACGAUCCAGAACUUAUGUGACGACUGCGAUUACAUGACAUCGAUCUCUUACUCUUAAACGGAUCUUUUGUCUGUAAAUUGGGCUUAUUUAUAAUCAGAAA